CACCCCAGAUGAGUCAAAGGCAGGAGCCUUAUGCUCCAGGAUCACUGCCCCCUUUGCGGACAUGCGUACGAAGCAGUGCAAGCUCGUGGCUCCAAUUUCGGUGGGGCCGUGAAUUCAUUCUGGUUUCCUUCAGAACAAGCCAGAAUUCUAAAGCAGCUCUGCAAAAGCGCUGAAGCUAUUUCGGGAAUCGGGUUCAGCACCUUAGAAUUCUGCCUAGUUCUGACUGAAACCAGCCCUACUGAAACCAGAGCCGCCAGCCUUCGCGGCCACAAAGGGAUACCGAUCCUGCUCCGAAUUGGUCCCUGAGCUUUCGCUUUCCUCUUUGCUUCCGGGCGGCUGCUCUGCUCUGCUCCGAAAAGCCAACCCACGUGGAGGCGGCGCGAAGGAAGUGAGCAGGCGAGGCGCCUCCGUUGCUGCAGGCGCAGCAAAAAACAACCUCAGGAGACCGCAGCAGCUGCUCGCUCGCUUGCCCAGAACGGCGCGUCAAUGAGCUGCGAGGUGCUAGUGUUGUACUUUGCCAGAAGUGCCGAAUUAGCCGGUGUCCGCACUGAGACAAUUUCCGUGCCUCAACAGAUAACAUCGCUUCAGCUGUGGGAAGAAAUUGUGAAGAGGCAUUCGAGACUUGCUGCUAUACAGGACCAAGUCGUCUUUGCUGUCCGCCAAGAAUACGUGCUUCUUGGGGACCAGCUGCUGGUCCUUCACUCGGGGGACGAAGUUGCCGUCAUUCCACCGAUUAGUGGAGGUUAACUCUGGGAAGACAUCCUCAGACAAAUCAUGAAUCAAAGUGAGGACGAGCUCAAGGACUUGAUUAAACUGAACAGCGAGAAGCUCUCAGCAGACGAAAUAUCCGAACUGG